CGAGAAAACGCCAGUCUUCUACCCAUGGACCAGACUUUACUGCAAACAGGUGAAACGAUUUGCUUCAAAACAGCAUAUUUUGGGACAUCCCGGUUUCCAUUUGAUGACAGACGCUUGGUUCAGGACUACAUAACCUUCAUCAAGAAUCAGUUUGAGAUUCCUGUAGACAAACAACCAGACACGGUGCCCAGACAUAGGAUCGGUAUUAUUACCAGGAACAACUCCAGGGGCCGGAAGAUACUAAAUGAAGCGGAGCUGAAGAAAGCCAUAUCUCAUCUUGCAACAGUAGAUAUAGUGGAAUUUUCUGGAAAGUCUUUCAAAGAACAGGUUUCAAUGAUACAGCGGUACUCAGUCUUGGUUGGGAUGAAUGGAGCUGGGCUGACGAACGCCAUAUACUUACCCCGAACCAGCGUGGCCGUACAGCUCGUCCCCUACAACGCUUCACUCAACUUCCGGGACUUUGGUGUGUGGCUCUCCAGCCGUGGUCCUUACCUGGAGUGGCACAACACUCACCCUGAACUCUCAGAAACCGAUAAGUAUGACGUGUUCAACAACAGAGCCAAUACUCUAGUCCCAGAAUCGGAAUUUUUAAAACUGAUGACCGAUGCGAUUUCUAUCGUUGACACAAGGCGAUUCCGUGAGAAGGCAGAGCUGUGAGAGGCGUCAAGAAACAACGUGAUGCAAUUACGAUACAAGCGUUAUACAAGUGCCUUACAGGGGUCACGAGACACACGUUGGUCAAUGAGAACCGAAUCUGGCUGAAUUGUGAGAAUCAACAGAUUUAGGUUUGGACCAUGUAUACGAGGUCAUACCAACUCUCUGCUAGAGGUACAAGGGAUUGUGGUACAUGUACACGUCUCCAGGAAUUGUUGGUGUAAAGUGUACCUUGAAAAAUUGUGAGUCACCGAGAUACAUGUAAGCACAUUUCUCAGUGUGAUAACGGACUUGAAGAAUACUGACAACCAAUGUAACAGUGUGAAACUACCUAGUAGAGUAAGACUGCUAGUAGCCUUGAAGAUCUGUGUGAACCAGUGUGAUAUUACAGACUUAUACAAUGUGAGAGUGAGAUAAGAGCGUCGAAGAUCUGUGAGGCUCAGUGUGAUAACAACCUCUAGAGAACUGUGAGAGUCGUUGUUAUAAAUUCGAAAAUUGAAGGACUGUCAGUGUUCAUGUGGUAUAUAUACCAUGCUGGCAUAUGUGUAGCAAGAAAUGGAUCAUGCGGAGCUGUAAGAAUGAAUGUAAUACCAACCAGUCAUAAAACUGAGAGUGAGAAACAGUGUGAUUCCAGCCAGU